CGUCGGAGGCGCCUUCCCUCCUCCUCGUCGUCGUCGUCUUCGUCCCCUCCAUUUUCCGUAUCGCGGGUUGGUGGCGGCCGCUCGCGCCUCCGCCCGGGCCUCGUCCUGCGGGCCCCGCCAUGAACGAGGAGUACGACGUGAUCGUGCUGGGCACCGGCCUGACGGAAUGUAUUCUUUCCGGUAUCAUGUCAGUGAAUGGAAAGAAGGUCCUUCACAUGGAUCGCAACUCUUAUUAUGGAGGCGAUAGUGCAUCCAUCACACCCCUGGAAGAUCUGUAUAAAAGAUUUAAUUUACCAGGAUCUCCUCCAGAAUCAAUGGGGCGGGGAAGAGACUGGAAUGUGGACCUAAUUCCCAAAUUCCUAAUGGCUAAUGGUCAGUUGGUUAAAAUGCUGCUGUAUACCGAAGUCACCCGCUACCUAGACUUCAAAGUGACUGAAGGGAGUUUUGUCUACAAAGGAGGGAAAAUCUACAAGGUUCCUUCUACUGAGGCUGAAGCUCUGGCAUCCAGCUUGAUGGGACUGUUCGAGAAACGCCGGUUCAGGAAAUUCUUGGUGUAUGUUGCCAACUUUGACGAAAACGACCCACGAACUUUUGAAGGCGUCGAUCCUAAGAAGACUACUAUGCGAGACGUAUAUAAGAAGUUCGAUUUGGGCCAGGAUGUUAUAGAUUUCACGGGUCACGCCCUUGCCCUCUACAGAACUGAUGACUACCUAGACCAGCCAUGCCAAGAAACCGUCAACAGGAUUAAACUCUACAGUGAGUCUUUGGCUAGAUAUGGGAAAAGCCCCUAUCUUUACCCACUGUACGGGCUUGGAGAGCUGCCCCAAGGAUUCGCAAGGCUAAGUGCCAUUUAUGGAGGCACCUACAUGCUGAACAAGCCAAUUGAAGAGAUUGUGAUAGAAGGUGGAAAAGUCAUCGGGGUGAAAUCUGAAGGAGAGAUCGCCCGCUGCAAGCAGCUGAUCUGCGACCCCAGCUAUGUAACAGACAGAGUAACCAAAGUGGGCCAGGUGAUUCGAGUUAUCUGUAUCCUGAGCCACCCGAUCAAGAACACCAACGACGCCAACUCCUGCCAGAUCAUCAUUCCACAGAACCAGGUCAACCGAAAAUCAGAUAUCUACGUCUGCAUGAUUUCUUCCGCGCACAACGUGGCGGCACAAGGGAAGUACAUUGCCAUAGUUAGCACGACUGUGGAAACCAACGAUCCCGAGAGAGAAAUCAAACCUGCCUUAGAUCUCUUGGAACCAAUUGAACAGAAAUUUGCUAGCAUCAGUGACCUCCACGCUCCAACUGAUUUGGGAACCGAAAGCCAGAUCUUCAUUUCACGCACUUACGAUGCUACGACUCACUUUGAGACCACCUGUGAUGACAUUAAGGACAUCUACAAAAGGAUGAUGGGGUCGGAGUUCGACUUCGAGGAAAUGAAACGCAAGAAAAAUGACAUCUACGGUGAAGAGGAGCAGCAGUAAGAGGCUAACGUGUAAUUUAGAAGCGGUUUAAAACUUGGCUAAUACAGAUCUGUAUCAGGAACCUAAUGAACACUGUAUGAAUUUCAA